UUUUUUGAUUCUGUUUUCAUUGGUCCCAGAAAACUCCUGGAUAGAGGUUUGGGUGCGAACAACUUAGUUGACGAGGUUGAAGACGAUGCAUGUGAGAUCCAGUGUCGCAGCUCAGGUAUCAGCGAGCUUCAGCGAAGGACAAAGUGCUUCAUUUCGAUCGGAACUGAACAUCCCGGCAACAAAGCAGUACACGACAAAGCUACCGAUUUCAUUCUUGGUACUUUGAAGGAUAUGGCGACCGAAACCGAGGUUACGGCAAGAAAAUCCGAGCACAAGUGGAGGCAGCAAUUCGCGAGCAAUGUAUAUUUCCGGUUCAAUGUGGAGCACGGACUCGACGAAAUGGGUUUGGAGGAGUACAAGAAAGUCGGGAUCUUGGACGCUACAACAGAUGCGUACCUCAAGACGUGGACGGUGCAGGCCAUGAUGGACCGUUGCACAAAGGCUCUCGUUGAAAAGCAAUGUGUGUACGAGACUGAUUUUUCUUGA